CUCCCUGCCUCAGCCCCAGCCCAAGUCCCUAGCUCCAUGGCCAGCCGCCCCUUCCCCAGCACCAGGUGGGCUCCAACCGCGCCACAAACUCCAUGGAGCCCAGACGACCCAAUGAUCGCUCCUCCCCUGGGUGUGGUUCUGUCGGGCCCUUGCCCAGGUGCCCAGGCCCAACAUCCAGUUCAGCUAGACCUUCAGAAUGUUCCAGAAGCUGCCCACUGCACCUGGCCCCUGUGCUGGCUCUGUCCACCUGUUGUCCCACUUGGGAAGUCACAGAAGCCUGGGCACUAGCUCCCUGAGCCUUGCCCUGCCCAGUCCUGCGCAGCCCUUGUCACGGCCCACCCAGCCGGCCUUGCUGUGGUCCCUCCCCAAGCCCCCUCCCCACUGGGCUUUGCCUGCCUCUUUUUAUUACUCAGGCCUAUCCCUGGCCACGCAGAGGAGGUCACCCCUCCAAUACAGUGUCUGUGAGGGGACUUGGUGGUGGAAAGAUAGAAUUAAAAUACAGGUGUAAUUAUGGACACCCCAGUAUAUGUCAUUUCAAAACAUCCUGCGGUUGGAGCUCUGUUCUCCGUGAGCUUCUGGAAGCUGCCUCCAACUUGUUCACUGAUGCAGCCGCAGGCAGGGAAAGGGCCUGGCACAUAGUAGGUGCUCAGGAAAAACGAUGGGCGGUGCGGUCCCCAGUGCCAGGCCCUGUGCAGUCGUCACCAGCUGUGUAUCAAAGGAGGAAGCCCAGCGUACAGAGGUAGGUGGCUGUCCCCACCUCUAGCCCUAAGAGACCCACUUCCCAGACGGGGAAACAGGCCCAGCGAGGGGAGGCCUUGCUGAGGUUGGACCGUGAGUGGUUGUGGAUUCGAACUCGGGUCUGUGGCCCAGAAGCUCUUAACACGCUGCUUGUGUGCAAGAAGAGCCCCCUCCCUCGGCGCCGCAAGCCACGCGGGCCCCCCAUGAAUAAUUGAGGGUCUGGGGCGGGCGGGCCGUCCGGCAGCUGUCGCCCUGCCGCGAGCCAGGAGGGCGGCGCUGACGUCACUUCCUCCCCCGCGGGGCCGCCACGAGGGGUUAUAAGGGCCCUGGUUCCUCGCCCCACACACCUCAGCUCCGGCCCCGCCGCCCCGCCAUGCCGCGCCGUGGGCUCGCGUCCGCGCUGCUGGCGCUGCUGCUGGCGGCCGCCACCGCCGCUCCCCUGGUACAAAGACCUUCCAAGCAGGAGCUGACCCGCUGCCUGGCCGAGAUGGUUUCAGAGAUGCUGACGCUGGGCCAGGCCCAGAGAGGCCCCUGCAUGUCCCUGCUCCACAAAGAGAACGUCCUCUUCCUGUCCGAGAUGUGCGAGUCAGAACCCUACAGCUGCGUGUCCUCCGAGAGAGGCCUGCUGGCUGGGGACCUGAUGAAGCCGGACGAGGGGAAGCCAGGGCCCAGCCACGAGGCGAGGGGCGAGGUGGCGGCCGCGGAGGAGACCCACGGGUCGGAGGCCCGGGAGCAGCUCCGCCGCCGGCUCCUCCGCGAGGAGGAGGAGGAACAGAAGAGGGGGCUGGAGGAGACCUUGAAGGACCUGUGGCAGCCUCGUCUCGAGGGUGCAGGGGGCCCCCAGAAGCGGGGGGACGAGGAGAUGGGUGCGCAGGUGCUGGGCAGAGGCCACCGCCCGUGGCAGGGGAUGGAGAGAGGAGGAGGAGAGAGGCUCCAGGACUCCCCGCACGGCCAGCACCCGCAGCACCCGCAGGAGGAAGAGGCCGCGGAGAGGGAGGAGCACGACGCCGAGCGGCUGGCGCACGUGAGAGAGGAGCUGCGGAAGGUGUCGGAGGCGCUGGGGGAGGAGCUCAAGAGGGCGGGCUGAGCCCCUCCUCCCCACCCCCCACGGCUUAGGACUGUUCCCCCCACGUGCUGCCUCCCCGGCACCUUGCCGCACGCCCACCCUGGCAAGCCUGAGCUGGGUCAGCGGGCCGGGCGCAGACCCGACUCAGGAAGCAGCCCGCUACCUGUCUCCCCCUCCAACCCUUCCCAGUGAAUAAAGCAGAGAAAAGCAAAGCUCGCCGUGCGUGCAACCCCCUGGUGGGGGGGCGGUGCCCGCAGGCUGGGAAGGCAACCACCUGGCUGCUCUCUGGUUGUCAGAACUAAAGGUUUAUUAAAUUGGAAAA